CCCGGGCAGGGAGUGGAUGCUAGUUUCGUGGGGAGUAACUGAUUGAUCCUCUGGGCCUCGGCGCCAGGAAGCCUCAGACCCUCGGCGGGCCCGCAGCAGGGGCGCAGGUCCCCGGAGCCGCCGCCCUGCGCGAUGUGGAAUCCCCUUCCCGAGACCGACUCGACCUUCGUGGCCCUGCGCCGCCCGCGCUGGCUGUGCGCUGGGGCGCUGCUGCUGGCCGCCGGGCUCUUCGCCUGCGGCUUCCUCCUCGGAUGGUUUAUAAAAUCCUCCAAUGAAGCUACUGACGUUGUUCCACAGCAUAACAUGAAGAAGGCAUUUUUGGAUGAACUGAAAGCUGAGAACAUCAAAGCAUUCUUAUAUAAUUUUACGCGGAUUCCACAUUUAGCAGGAACAGAACAAAACUUUCAGCUUGCAAAGCAAAUUCAAUCUCAGUGGAAAGAAUUUGGCCUGGAUUCUGCUGACUUAGCCCAUUAUGAUGUCCUGUUGUCCUAUCCAAAUAAGACUCAUCCCAACUACAUAUCAAUAAUUGAUGAAGAUGGACAUGAGAUUUUCAACACAUCAUUAUUUGAACCACCUCCUCCAGGAUAUGGAAAUAUUUCAGAUGUUGUGCCACCUUACAAUGCUUUCUCUCCACAAGGAAUGCCAGAGGGUGAUCUAGUGUAUGUGAACUAUGCACGGAUGGAAGACUUCUUUCAACUCGAGCGGGAUAUGAAAAUCAAUUGCUCUGGGAAGAUUGUUAUUGCCAGAUAUGGGAAAAUUUUUAGAGGAAAUAAGGUUAAGAACGCCCAGCUGGCGGGGGCCAAAGGAAUCAUUCUGUACUCAGACCCUGCUGAUUACUUUGCUCCUGGGGUGGCGUCCUAUCCAGACGGUUGGAAUCUUCCUGGAGGCGGUGUCCAGCGUGGCAAUGUCUUAAAUCUUAAUGGUGCAGGUGACCCUCUCACACCUGGUUACCCAGCAAAUGAAUAUGCUUAUCGACGUGAAAUCCCAGAGGCUGUGGGCCUUCCAAGUAUUCCUGUUCAUCCGAUUGGAUACUUUGAUGCACAGAAGCUCCUGGAAAAAAUGGGUGGAACGGCACCUCCAGACAGCAGUUGGAAAGGAAGUCUCAAAGUGCCCUACAAUGUUGGACCUGGCUUUACUGGAAAUUUCUCUACACAAAAAGUCAAGAUGCACAUCCAUUCCAACAAUAAAGUGACAAGAAUUUACAAUGUGAUUGGAACUCUCAGAGGAGCAGUGGAACCAGACAGAUAUGUCAUUCUUGGAGGUCACCGUGACUCAUGGGUGUUUGGUGGCAUUGACCCUCAGAGUGGAGCAGCUGUUGUUCACGAAAUUGUGAGGAGUUUUGGAAUUCUGAAAAAAGAAGGCUGGAGGCCUAGAAGAACAAUUUUGUUUGCAAGCUGGGAUGCAGAAGAAUUUGGUCUUCUUGGUUCUACUGAGUGGGCAGAGGAGAAUUCCAGACUCCUUCAGGAGCGUGGUGUGGCCUAUAUUAAUGCAGAUUCUUCUAUAGAAGGAAACUACACUCUGAGAGUCGAUUGCACUCCACUGAUGUACAGCUUGGUAUACAACCUAACAAAGGAGCUCCAAAGUCCUGAUGAAGGCUUUGAAGGCAGAUCUCUCUAUGAGAGCUGGAAUAAAAAAAGCCCUUCACCAGAGCUCAUUGGCAUGCCCAGGAUUAGCAAGUUGGGAUCUGGUAAUGAUUUUGAGGUGUUCUUCCAAAGACUCGGAAUUGCUUCAGGCAGAGCACGGUAUACUAAAAAUUUGGCAAUAAACAAAUUCAGCAGCUAUCCACUGUAUCACAGUGUUUAUGAAACCUUUGAAUUGGUGGAAAAGUUUUAUGAUCCAACUUUUAAGUAUCACCAUGCUGUGGCCCAGGUUCGAGGAGGGAUGGUAUUUGAACUAGCCAAUUCCAUCGUGCUCCCUUUCGACUGUCGAGAUUAUGCCAUAGUUUUAAGACAGUAUGCUGACAAAAUCUACAACAUUUCAAUGAAACAUCCGCAAGAAAUGAAAACAUACAGUGUGUCCUUUGAUUCACUCUUUUCUGCAGUGAAGAACUUUACAGAAAUUGCUUCUAAGUUCAGCGAGAGACUGCAAGACUUGGAUAAAAACAACCUAAUGUUAUUGAGAAUUAUGAAUGAUCAACUGAUGUUUCUGGAACGAGCAUUUAUUGAUCCUUUAGGGCUACCAGACAGGCCAUUCUAUAGGCAUGUCAUCUUUGCACCAAGCAGCCACAAUAAGUAUGCAGGAGAGUCAUUCCCAGGGAUUUAUGAUGCUCUGUUCGAUAUCGAAAGCAAAGUGGAUCCUUCCAAGGCCUGGGGAGAAGUGAAGAGACAGAUUUCUGUCGCAGCCUUCACGGUGCAGGCUGCAGCCGGGACUCUGAGGGAAGUAGCCUAAGGCCUGCUGUGGAGAACCCAUAUUGAAUUAGUAUCUGUCACUCAGAAAGAAGCCUCAUGGGUGUAUUGACAAACUAAAAAUUAAAGUUGUGUGUAUCUUUGUAUUUGUUUUCUUCUCCCUAUGGAUCAAAACAGAGAGAUAGAUGAUUUUUAUUCUCUAAUUACAAUAGGUUAUCCUGGAGUAGAAGUAUGUGUUAAAACAGUGGUUCUCAACCUUGGCUGCACAUUAAAAUCACCUGGGAAUCUUUUCAAAAUCCUGAUUUCUGGGCCUCAUCCUCCGGAAAUUCUGUUUCUUUGUUAUGGGGUGAGGCCACAACAUUAGUAACAAAGAAACAGAAUUUCCAGAGGAUGAGGCCCAGAAAUCAGGAUUUUAAAAAGAUUCCCAGGUGAUUCUAAUGUGGAGCCAAGGUUGAGAACCACUGUGUUAAAACGAAGGAGAACAGCCUAAUAUGUCAAGACUUAUGUGGAAUUAUCAGGGAAUCAAGUCUAAUUCAGCACUUUCAAACCUACUCCUGGCAUUGCACACAAAGAUAGCAUCAGUUUGGCCCUGGCCAGUAAGCUCAAUGGUUAGAGCUUUGGCCUGAGCAAUGAAGGGUCUCGGGUUUGAUUCACACUCAAAGGCUCAUACCUGGGUUGCAGGUUCUAUCCCAGGCCCUGGCCCAGGUGUGUGCAGGAAGCAACCAAUUGAUGAGCCAUUCUCAGAUCAAUCUCUCUCUCUUUCUUUCCCUCUCACUUUCUUCUCCCUCACUACCUUCCACUCUCUCUAAAAGUCAAUGGAAAAAUAUCCUCGGGAAAGAAAGAAAAAGAAAGAGAGAAAGAAAGAGCGAAAGAGAGGAAGGGAGAAACAUGUUUGUGUAAGAGCACACGGGAAAAUUCAUAGGGCUGCUCCAGGUCAGAGGCCGUAAGCCCUGCCUGGUUGCCAAGGUUGAGAGGAUAGACAACAUGUGUGGUGAAAAAUAAUAAAGAAAAUAACAUUUGUAACCCUAUCAACUGAAUAACUAUACGAACAAAAGGAACAUUACCAAUACCCUUGGUCCCCACCAUGUGCUGCUGCCUGGUGUGCCUUCCUCUCCUGGCAGAGAUACCCACUUUCUUGAAUUUUGUUGCUGUUUCCCAUUAUUUAUAAUUUUACCACGCAUGGCUAGAUCAUGUAUGUGAUUUUGGCUUUGUGUAUUUUUUGAGCUUUUUUAAUAAAUAAAAUUAUACCACGUGCAUUAGUCUA